GUGCCCGCAGCAGCCCCGCUGGAUGCACUGAGCGCUCAGGCGCGGGGAGAGAGGGGCAGGAGGGAGCCGGCAGCCCCGCCGCGGAGGCGCUGCGCUGCCCGGAGCCUCACGGCCAUUUGCUUUGAUUCUUUUAUUGCCCCCCGGCCGCCUCCCCCUCUCUGCCCGCGGGAGCCAGCCGAGGCGGCGGCGGCGGGGGCUGCAUCCCCCCUCCCCCCCUUUUUUUUUAUUUUUUUUUAAUAUUUUUUUUAAAUUUUCAUCGCCGCCAUGGGAUGUACCCUGAGCGCUGAGGAAAGAGCCGCCCUGGAGCGGAGCAAGGCCAUCGAGAAGAACCUGAAGGAGGACGGGAUCAGCGCGGCCAAAGACGUGAAACUCCUCCUGCUCGGAGCCGGAGAGUCGGGGAAAAGCACCAUCGUGAAGCAGAUGAAGAUCAUCCACGAGGAUGGCUUCUCUGGGGAAGACGUGAAGCAGUACAAGCCAGUGGUCUACAGCAACACUAUCCAGUCCCUGGCAGCGAUUGUCCGUGCCAUGGACACCUUGGGCAUCGAGUACGGCGACAAGGAGCGACGGGCUGAUGCCAAGAUGGUCUGCGAUGUCGUAAGUCGGAUGGAGGACACAGAGCCCUUCUCUCCAGAGCUGCUGUCAGCUAUGAUGAGACUCUGGGCAGACUCUGGGAUCCAAGAAUGCUUCAACCGGUCCCGGGAAUAUCAACUUAACGACUCAGCUCAAUACUACCUAGACAGCUUAGAUCGAAUCGGAGCUGCAGACUACCAGCCCACGGAGCAGGACAUCCUCCGAACCAGGGUCAAAACCACUGGCAUCGUAGAAACCCAUUUCACAUUCAAAAACCUCCACUUCAGGCUCUUCGACGUGGGGGGCCAGCGGUCGGAGCGCAAGAAGUGGAUUCACUGCUUCGAGGAUGUCACAGCCAUCAUCUUCUGCGUCGCGCUGAGUGGCUACGACCAGGUGCUCCAUGAAGAUGAAACCACGAACCGCAUGCACGAAUCUCUGAAGCUUUUUGACAGCAUCUGCAACAACAAAUGGUUCACAGAUACAUCUAUCAUCCUCUUUCUAAACAAGAAGGACAUAUUUGAGGAGAAAAUUAAGAAAUCUCCACUGGCUAUCUGCUUUCCUGAGUACACAGGCCCCAACGCGUUCACGGAGGCGGUGGCGUACAUCCAGAGCCAGUACGAGAGCAAGAACAAGUCCCCCAACAAGGAGAUCUACACCCACAUCACCUGUGCCACCGACACCAACAACAUCCAGUUCGUCUUCGACGCCGUCACGGACGUCAUCAUCGCCAACAACCUGCGGGGCUGUGGACUCUACUGACACUACUGACGCUCCCUGCUCCCCUCCUGCCCCUCAGGCCCGCGGACAGGUCCUCUCUUUCCUUGUUUUUUCCCUCCUCAGAAGAUGAUGAGGAAGAAACCCAUAAAAUCCCCCCUUCCCCGUCCCAGAAAACUUUGCAGCGAGUUCUGCUUUUCCCCAGCCCCGUUUUGUUUUAUUUUGGUUCAUUUUUGGUUCAUUCCCUUGCUGCCUCGUUCCACUCCUCCGUCGCAGUUCACAGUGCUGUGCAGGGAGCUAACGCGUUUCCCACAGAGUGCAUUUCAACUGCCAAAAGACAAAAAUACUUCAGUUUUAAAAAGAGGGAAAAAAAAUCAAAGCCUUAAAAUACUGGUCAGGAACAGCAUAGUUUGGAACCAAAACUUUCUUUUUUUUUUUUUGCCUUGAGAUUAAGGGAUAUUGUUUAUUCUCCUGGUUGUCUCUUCUGUUAAAACACUACUCCUUUGGGAAGUGCUAGAUACAACCUGAUCAUUUUGAGGGUACCUUAUGGCUCCAGUUCUGACCCCAAUGCCAGAGGGGUCGGGGUUGAAUGCAGCUGCCAUAGCUUGGAUUUGUAUAUUCUCCUUUUUUCCAGACAGCUAUGUGAACAAGUAAAACAGCCAUAUCGAGUUCUGCUGGUGUCUGAGUAACGGGGACACAGUAACAAAACCUACUAAGCCUUGUCUAAAAACAUUCAUUACUGGUAGCAGUUUUACCUCAAGUCUUUCAAGAUUAAUAUUAAAAUAUAUCUAGAGGUUGCAGUAACCCAUUUCUGAGGCACUUUGCUGGAGGCCACAGAGCCACUGGGCUGGGCCCCCUGGAGUGUUGGCAGAGAGGACCCCGCGCUCGGGGGCAUCCAAGGAAUGGGUACCUGGUGGCCUUUCCCAAAGCCCCUCCCAGCCUAAGGGACUGAUUUCAGCACAAGCAGUGCUCCUGCAAACAGCAUCUCUUUCCAGACUUCAGCCCUGAAGUUCUGGAAUGCACCAAAAAUAUUUAGUCUUGGUUUCUUGUAGGCAGAGUUUGACCUUCAAGUACCUGAGAUGUGAGGAGGUGCUUUGGGAAAUGUCCCCAUGGCAGGGUGGCAGGAAGGUGUGCGGGAGCCUCGUGGCUCUUCAUCACCCCUCAGGCAUCUGAACAGCCUUGAGAAGCCCAGCCCUGUGCUCUGAGCCUCCUUGGCUCCUGUGUCACCCAGAGAGCAUCCAGAGACAGCUCCACACUUGGUGUCUCCACUCAGGCCUCUCUUUACCAGUGUCUGACGUGAGCAGGGUGUUUUAUACUGGCCAUGCAGUGGCAAAUGAGAGCUCAGGGAGCUGAUUUGAGCCAAGUGAUGCAGUAGAAAGGAAAAGUGCAAGGAAAGGAGGAAGGAAGGGCAGGGGGAGGAAAGGACAAGGGUAGUGCCCAGCACAGCAAAAGCGGGGGCUGAGAGGGGAAGAGAAAUGCAGGUGGGCUGAGUUACACUCUCUUGCCAUCCCCAAGGGGUCUGGAUGCCCUUAGGUCGAAGAUGGAGGGGAAUGUGAGAGGUGGGGGGUCACCUCUGGGGGCAUGGAGGGACCCUGAGAAGUCCACCCCAAAAGCUUGUUUGGUGUCGGGGUGAGACAACCACCUCUGAGGUCCCACUCAGGGCCCACCUCACCUGGGGGCAGGUAGGCAAUGCUGAUCCCUGCCUCUUCUCUGCCUCUCUUAAAAUUCCAUAAUCUUGGAAAAUGGGAGUUCUUUCCAGGCUGGCCACAAGUUCAACUGUCCUCUCUUGGCAGCCUGAUCUAGGGGUGGCUUUCAGGUCUCAGGAGGUCUGAGUUUUCUCCAGGGCCACUCCUGAGAGGGACAGCAUCUCUUCUCUCGCUGUGCCCAUUUAGGAGAGACGGUGUGAGAGCAGCCCAGAGCAGCACAGCCCAAAGAGAAGGGGCCAGGGGAGCAUCAGUGUGCAGGAGGCAGGGACAGCAGCAGGUAUGGUGGCACAGGAUGGAGAGGACCAGUGGGAGAGGUUUGGGAACAGUUUGGGAGCGAAGUUGCAGAAGGGAGAUGAGACAGACGAAGGCACCAGGGAGGGCGGGAAGAGAAGGGCACCUGAGAGCCAGAGGAGAGUCCCCAUCAGAGCCUGUGCUCUGCCAGGACAGUGCUCAUGGGACAUCCAUGACAAACCCAGCCAGGAACGUGAGCAGGAGCACCCCAGAGCCAGCAGGGAAGGCCUGCAGGGGCAAGCAAUGUGGCUGUCACCCCUCCAACCAGCUCCCAGCCCAGCACGGCUGGUAACUGCCAGUAACCCCCUAAACAGCAUUAAAUGAUAAAACUGCAUUUAGGAUUGCACAGCAAGGACCUGCUGCUGCUCUGCUGGGCACUGACAGCAAUAACUCCAGGUCUCUGCCUCCCCUGCUCUGGCACAAGCCAGUACCCACCUUUCUCUUCACCAUCCCAGAAUGCCUCCAGUGACAGCAGCCCCUGCAGGGAGCUGGCCAGCCAGCAAAGCCAGCAGCCUUCUCUGCUCCUCAAGCCCACCCACACACUUUGUUUUCCCAGAUCCCACCCCAUUUACUGCCAGCACACUCUGCUGUAAAGAUGUGAACCAAAGGAAAGGUCUGCAUGUGUUGUUGUCUUUGGUUUAGUUUAGGAUUUCAGGAGUUGGUGGAAAGGUUUUUCAAGGAAAGGAUUCCCAGUGGGAAGCACCUGCCCAGUUCUUGGUUCCUUGGAAGGGACCAGCCCAUGGCAAUGGGGCAGUGCUUUUCUGCUGCAGGAGGGGCAGGGAAAUAGCUGGAGGGACGUGGAGGGACAGGGGUGGUGCUGGAGUUUGUCCCAUGUGGGUGGCUGUGCCCCACCUGCAGCACCCACAUGUGCACUGAGUGUCAAAGCAAGGGCUGAAAAGCCUCACAUUGGUUACGUUUGGUACCUAAAGUGUGUGUAACCACUGGAGCCAGUGCAGUGCCAGCCCCCUGUGCUGAUGGCUGGCACUGGCAGGGAGGCAGGUCUGUCAGAAGAGUUUGAUCAGCAAUGGAGAUUUUCUGUUCCCACCCCUUGCUGUGGAUGACAUUUUAUCCAAGUAAAUAAGUAACAGAAGUUGUUCCUAGGGAAGGCAGCACCACGCCAAGGCUUUGUGAGCUCCCAGCUUAAAGCACACAGGAAUAUUUUGGUAAAGACAAUUGAAAUUAGCUCAACUCCAAACUCUGCCAAAUGCAGCCAAGUGGCCUGAUAUGGUUCAGUUUGCUUUUGCUGCUCUCUGGGCUGGAUUCAGGUAACCCCUGCUGGGAGGUCACCUGGCUGAGAGGUCCAAACCCCCUCUGCAGCUUCGGCAGGUUCCCAGCACGUUGGUGACAACCAACAGCUGGUGUUCCAUGGGGAGAAGAGAGAGAAAAAGCAGAGGAAAUGUUGCCACACAGAGCCUCUUCUUUCAUUUUCUUUGUCAUAUUGUGUGUCUGAAGCCUCAUCUCAGCUGCUGCUGCUGCUGACGUUCCGUCCCUCACACGAGCGUCACGAGGAUUCGCUGACAAAUGCUGGAAACAGCAUUUGGGAGAUGAAAUGCUUCCAGUGUUAAACACUACUAUCUCUCCCACUUGAUGGCCGUGUAUAGAUUUUUGUCUGCAGAACGGCUGCCAAACCAUUACUCACUGCUGGCUCCUGCAUCCUUCCAAGCCUUUCCUGGCAGAUGUGCCUUCCUCAGGCAAUCUUUUGCCCCGUGCUUUUUCCAAACACCAGCAAUUCUUGCAGCACUUGCCUAGAAAGACCCUGAAAUGCAUCCCCUGCCUUCAAAAGCCUCUCCUUAACAGCCCCUUGUGCUUUGCAACUGCCGUGCUCCAAGUCCAGACCCUUGGAGACCCCGGGCUGUGUUUGAUUUGCAGUCCCCACACAGCGGGGAUGUUGCAGCUGGCGCAGCUGCAUCAGAAAUUGUACCAGGGCAUGGGGGGUAGAUUUUAAAAGCACACAGUUGAAACAGCUAUGUAUACACCCUCCUGCCCUUCAAAACUAAUGUGGAAACUUGUAAAAAAAAAAAAAAAAAGCUCUUUUAGGGAUGCAGGAGGUUUUUCAGGACUCAGGUCGCUUGUCCAGCAGCAGCAUCCGAGGGGUGUUAGCAUUGAAAGCAGCAUUAGCAACUCAUGAUGAGCUUCAGGCAGCAGCCAAAGGAAAGAAGGAAGCGCCUCCCCAGCUUGCUUUGUAGCCAGUGAGAGGGCGUGGAGCCGCGAGACCACAAAAAUGCAAACAGCUCCUUUAUUUAAACAACAUUUCAAUGAAACAGAGAGAGCCGUAAGAAGGAAAGCCUGGCGGGGCUGAGCUGCAGAGCGCUGUGCUGCUCUGGGGGAUGCAGCGGCUGGGCUGGCCGGGAGAACCAGCAAUAACCACUCACUGGGAAAGCACACGCUGAAGCACAGCCCCGGACUGCCCAGGCCAGGGUUUAGUGUGCCGAAACCUAAACUCGUGUUUAGUGCCAGGACCCCGCCUGGCCGAGCGUCCCUGCUGCCCCUGCCCUCCCGCCGGCCCGUCCCACCUCCCGCCCACAAACACUUCCCGCUGCAGCUCUCAGGAGCUUUGUACCAGAAUCAGCUUCCUGCCCUCAGCCAGCUUUCCUGGGUGCCCGGCCAGCCUGUCCCUCCACGGGGGGCAGAGCACCCUCAGGAGGAGCCUGCUGUGCCUCCUUCAUAGGUGCGAUUUUGUUUUACAGGACACUAAAAGUAUUAACGAGGGCAGUCUUUACUGUAAUGUACAUUAAAGUGUGUCUGGUGGGUUUAAUCCAUCAUGGCAUGAGCCCAGUGUUUGCCUGCAAGGGAACAGACCUUGUCCUCAGGCCAGGAGUGCAACCUGCAGGAGGUCAGGGUAGGACACAGCAGAUGUCCUUGUGCCAGAAGGUCCCCAGUGCCCACCUGCUGCCAUGCAAAGCAUGGGGCAGCCCCUCACUGUUGGGCUCAACAAGGCAGACAUCACCCAUGAGGGAUUUUGCAGUCAAGGCUGGGAAAGGGACCAACCCUGCACUGUUAGUCUGUGCAACACAUCCGAGUAUUUUGUGGCCAAAAUGCCUCCUGGAGCCAGGGAGAGUUGCUGAGUUCCUGGGAGCAGGGCUGACUGACUGUAAUUAGAGAAGCUUAGUGCUAAUGUGCUUGAGUCUUUGUCGUGGGCCAGGUUUGUCUUAAGCCUUGCCACCAACAACUCCACAACCAUUUCCAUUUAGGAGGCUAAAACACUCAUCAGUGAUCUGACACUGGAAGCAUCGAGGUCAGUAGAGAUGGUGCUACUGAGCAUCACCCCCAAGCCCCCAGACCCAUCACCCCCUUGCACCCCCAAUGCACACACAAGAAAGCAGAGACAUGGUCCAAGUGGCACAAAAUUGCAGACCAUGGUCUUGCCUCUACCUCCCCAGUGGAAAAAACAGGCAAACACACUCCUGAGGCCCCCCAAGACUCAAGGGUGUCAUUUCUGAGCUCCAGCACUGACACGAGGUAAUUGAUGGUGACAGAUAUAGGGACAUGACCUAUAUAAAGAGUUGAGCUGAGAACAUGGCCAUGGAAAGGGACCUUUCACAGGACCACUCAUGCCCCAGCCAGCAGCCUGGGAGAUCUUUAAUCACAUGCAGAGACAAGCAAGUGAACACAAGUGCAACCCUUAAACACCAACGCCUUACUGAGAGGAGGAGCAGGACCAAAGCCUCCAGCUGGCACCCUGUGGGCAGAGGGAGAGGGGAGGCAGCUGAAGAAACAUCUCCAUCUCCCAGAGAGGGCAGCUCUAUUUUCCAUGGACACCAGGUGCACUAGACACAGGGAGGAGAGACCUGGAGAAGAGGCAGAGGGCUGGGACACCCCAGGCCCUCUCCCACCCAGUGCCAUGGAAAUUAAUGUUGAGACCAAAUCCUGACUGUCCUGUAGUGCAGGCAAGCAACUCCAGAGCUAAACCCCCUGCUCCAAGUGGGGAGAGGAGAUCAUAGCAGGUAAAACACCAUUUUCAGCAGUGCCUGAGUCUCACCAGCUUUUCCAGUGCUGGAGCAACCCAGGGCAAGCAACUCGGGUUGUUCAAACACCAGCCAUUGCCCUGCUAAAGUGCCCAGUCCCUAAUUUGUGAUCCUCAGCCCUAUUCCCCCACCUCCCUUUUCCCCCUUCAGCUCAACAAGUGACCAUCACUCUGCCUCUGGGCUCCCCACCACGUUUCUUCCCAAGGAUCACCAGAGGCCAUCACCAUUUUCCUUUUGCUGGUUUCCCGCUGAAUCAUUUCUCCUGCAUGUUUGAUGGCCCAAACUGUAUUAACUGUAAUUUUGUAUGAAGAGUGACUGUCCAUUGGUUUAAUAGAGCAUUAGUUAUUGUAAUAAUUUAUUGGCUGUCAGUAAUGUAUUUAUUAGUCACGAAAUGUUAAUAAAGUGCCAGCUCUUUUCUAGUGUGA